AAAGGCUGUGUGUGGAGGGGAGAGCUGCGCUUUCUUUCUCCCUUGUUUUCCAUGAGCCCUGUGGGAUAGGAAGGACUCUAGGACUUUCUGACGCUGGCUAAUCAUCUCAAGAGCUUUGACAAACUCACUUCAGUUCUGUGUAAAAUCAGAGCUUCAACGCCCAGGCGGCUCGGCUCUGCCCCUCCCCUCGGCUUCGUGCAGGCUUUCUCACAUGCAAACUUCUCAGAGGCAGGAAAUACUUUGCAGGCAAUCUGGGCCUGCUUGUGGAGGCCCCUCUCGCAAAACAUCAGUCUGCAUUUAGAAGACAGAAGUCACUAGGAACGCCUUGACAGGAUCCGGCAUUAGCUGAGACUCCCUCCAGCUGCAGAGGGUGUUUUUGUUAGAAUCACACACCGCGUUAAGGAGAACUGCUUAGACUAGAGCCCGUGACCUCAGCCAGAAAUGUGAACUUAAGAUUUUGGAGACGCUAACCGGACAGAUUCUUCUCCUAGCCUAGCUGGAACAGCAUCAUGCCUUGGCGGUAACAGCAACUCCUGGUCCAGUUGACAACAUGGCAGAUCACACUCUCUUCCUUGAUCCAUGAAUUUGAAAUCUUCUUUCCCUGGCUUCCACCCCUUUGAGUGUCAUAUGGAAUGCAUCUCCUUGUCUGCUGUUAAACUAUGAUGACAUGUCUGUAGCCAUCAGAAAGAGGAGCUGGGAAGAGCAUGUGACCCAGCAGACUGAAGAACCUUUUAAUUCUGAUGAGUAUGACAUAGCAUGUCAUCACGGACUGGCAUCCGACAGCUUGGAGGGAAGGAUGGAAAAAGAUGCAAUCUUAAAUGUGGACCAUAAAGAGAAGUGUAUCUCUCUACCAGACCGCUGUUGUGGGUCAGAGACAAGAGACCUUCCUGGGAGGCCAAUGGGGCACAUUUCACAGGAGGUCGAAGAAAGUGACAGCCAGGAAGGGGAAGAGCAGUUUCUAUCACUAGAGGCCAGCACAGAAACACUAGUGCACAUUUCUGAUGAGGAUACUGAUUCUGAUCUACACCUUAUCAAUGACUCACAGAUUUUAACUCCACAAAGACAUGAAAGAGACAGCCAAGAUAGUGUCAAAGGAGCAGGCUCCUGCGAGAAGACUCUGUCCACCAUGCCAAGUAGUCAAGAUUCUCAUAAUACCUGGAGUGGGGCUGGUGAAGCUGAUAUGUCUCCAGCAGAAGGAAGUGGAGAAAGCAAAGGUGUUGAGGCUAUCAGCAAAAGCCUGGAGCUUUGUAAGAGUACAAGUGCAAAUGAAACAAAAGAUGUGCUCAAAAUAAACACAUUCCAGUCUUUGAAUGUAGAAGAUGACAUCACUCCUAAGGCACUACUACUUGAUUCUUCAGUAUUCUCGAAAGACGUCACACCUGAGACACAAAUGCUUGAUUCUACAGUCACCACUCAACAACACAGGAAACCCGACUUCCCUAAAGAUGACCAGGAAGAUAAUCAGCACCAUGUUGUAGAAGAAGACUUCUUAGCAACUCCUUAUGCAGACAGAGGGCUGCCAUUAUUAAAAGCAGAUUGCGGAAGUUACCUUCUGCAGCCUCCUUCCUGCCCUGGUGGGAUGUCAGCAGAAAAUGACCUGGAGAAGAGUGGGUUCUCAGAUUAUCCAAACAAAAGCACUCUUGGGGUCAGCAGGGAAGAUGGCAUGCAGUGUUUACACUUAAGGGGCCCAGUGACCACCCAGGAGACCACAGACAAUCAAGUCAGACUGCGCAAGAGAAAGGAAACAAGGGAAGAUCGAGACAGGACACGGCUGGACUCCAUGGUGCUGCUCAUUAUGAAACUGGACCAACUCGACCAAGACAUCGAGAACGCUCUCAGCACUGCCUCCUCUCCAUCCAGCACCCCAACAAACCUGCGACGACAUGUCCCUGAUCUGGAAUCAGGAUCUGAAAGUGGAACAGACAGUAUCGCAGUAAAUCAGACACGGGUGAAUCUGUCUUCAGAGUCCACCAAUCCAUCAUCCACCCCAGCAAGCAAUUCUGGAACGAAACCCAAAGCCAUGGCUGUUCCAUGUAUUGGAGAAAAGGAAACGGCCGAAUAACAGCAAAUUCUUUCGUUCUCCCAAGAGAAACAUUCAGGUGUAAACUGUUGACUGGUAGGGAGAGGAAGAAGGGAAGGAAUUCACUUGUCUGAGGAGAUGGAAUAGAGAAACGCUCACUCUUUCCUCUUCCUCUUAAAUGAUGUCACAUGGACAUGGAGGAGUGCUUCAUUGUGUCAUUUCUUGGAUAUUUCAAAAAUGCUGUUAUAACUCAGGAUUCAGCACCGCAUAAGCAGAGUGCAUCGUCCUUCUCUGCAACAGAAAGAAACACAAAAUUGACUACCACACUUUUCUAAUAUUUGUGAUUAAUAUUAAGAAAGCAAAUUUUUCAAAGUUGACGGACUGCAUGGUGGUGCAUGCUGGAUGUAGAAAGGCAUAGGAUAGAGGUUCACGGAUUCAGUGCAGUCCUGGGCUACUUAACAAAACCCUACCUCAAUAUAUGCAUGUUUAGGUAGGAGGGGGGAGGGAGGUGUGGUGGUACAGUCCCAUAAUUAGCUGAAAAGAUGAUGCAAGAGGACAGCUGUGAAUUCAAUGAAAACCUAGACUACAUAGCAAAUUCCAGACCAGUCUGAGGAUUACAGAAAGAAAGCUUGCUGCAGUAAAUGAAUAAAAGGGGUCAGCAAGUGGUGUCAGCCAGUAAAGGCAUUACCACCAAGUCUGAUGACCAGAGAUUAAUCUUCCGGACCCAUAUGGAAGGACAGAAGUUUUCUUUUGACCUCCACAUGUGGAGGAACACACACAAUGCAUACAUAUAUACAUAUAUACAUACAUACAUGCAAUGUAAAUUUAAAACAGACAGAGGAAAGAAGUUGAUAGUCUGAGUUCAUGGCUUUUCAUAAGAUCUUGCUGAAGAAUUGAACCAGCUGAAAUAUAUUACCUUGCCUUUCUCAGGCACAUGAAUGUCCCAUAUCACAUUCCUGUUGAAUUCAUCCUUAUCUACAUUAAAACAUUUACAUGCUUGUGAUGUAUUCCGAAAUAAAUUUUACUUUAUAAAUUCCUGGACAAAGCGUUGUGCUUAUAAGGAAAUAGAAUUUUUAUUGAAAAUAUGAAUGUAAGAAAGAGAUUGUUUAAAAGUUAGUGAGUUCACCUGUCAAGGUAAUCCCUUCUAUUUGAAUAGUCUGUGAAUAAUGGCAUCAGGUCAUAUGGUCAAAAUGAGAAUACUAUUUACUUCAAAAGUUGUGCAAGAGUGUCUGUGUCUAACUCUUCUCUUUCUAAGCUUGCCAUAUUCUGUGGAAAACAUCCUGAGUCUAUGAAUGUGACUUUCUUCGCUCCUAGCUCUACAACCCUCUGGUUUUAAGUUCCCACUGAGGAGAAGUGCUACAAUAAAGCCAAAGGCUUACCCAGUCUUCCUGGGUAAUUGACUUCUUUAACAGGAUUAAAACUUCCUAUCCACCCUAAGGCCUGCCUUUUUUUUUCUUUCUCUUUCUUUUUUUUUUUCCUUGCUAAAUGAAGGCAGCCUAUUGUUCCUUACUAAGUAGGUCUAUCUUUAACUUGUGUGACCUUUCAUCCAAGCCAGCUGAAGCCUACUGAGUCUCUAAACAAAAUCACUUGUAGUGGCCAUGCACCCUCACUCUUGCAUAGCCUUGGGUUGCUCCCGGUGGUCUUAGCCAUCCUCCAUUCCCAUCAGCGCUGCUGAGCUUUCCCAACAAUAAGUAUGCCUGCUGUUCUUUCUCCCAAGGACCAAACCUCCGAGGCGAACACUUGAAACACCGUGCUGUGCAGUAAUCCCAUAAGUACUUACUGAUCCGCUACGUCUUCUGCGUAUCCUAUUAGAGCCAUAAAACUCUAGUUGUGAUAACAAUUCAGAGUCUGCCUGUAGGAACUCAGACACUUGGAGAGUAACUUCUGCAAGUUAGCAUCCUGCUCUUCCCAACAGAGCAUUUCCUUAGCACCUUGUUCAAAACUUCCUAGGAAAAGUAUCAUACUAAAACUGCUUAUAGGGGCCUAGGUCAGAACGUGUAUUCUUAGGACCAACCAAAUCGUUCAUAAAAGAAUGAGACUCAAACCACACAAGUAUCAGCAUAUUUUGUGUUUCUUAACCUAUGAUAUUUUCAUUAUCUUCAUUAGUCACCCAGUGUGUUCACCUAGAGAAUGGGCCCAGGGGACCCAAUGGUGGGUUACAACCCCAGCAACAGCCACGUUUGGAAUCUUUUAAAAAAAAAAAAUCAAGAGCUACCCCCUCUCCACAUACACACACACACACACACACACACACACACACACACACACACACAAAACAAAACAAAACAAAGCAACAAAAAAGAAAACCACAGAGACGGAGCCUUGAGCCGCUGGUAUCUUCUCUAGUACAUCUGCUCCCUAUCUGUGUAGCCUUCAGCAAGUUAUGCAACUUCCUCAUUCUUCUCAUUACCAGUGUAAAUAAAAAACCGCCAUGUUCUUGCUGUAAGCAAGGAAGCCUGGUGCACAGUGAGUUCUAAAGGCAUAGCUCAUUCUUUCCGUCGUGCACAUAACCACUGUGCACUGGGCCUCAGAGCUAGUGCACUAGCUAUGUCACCGCUGUCUGUGUAUUGCAUCCUCAGGACACCACCUAACAGCUAUCUACAUAGCUGCCCUUGUAGAAGAGAGAUUAUUCUCUUCACAAAUCUGAGCUGAUUCAGUUAUCUUAUUGUUUGCAGUACAGGCCCAGUUGGUCACCUUUUAGCCUCCCUCUAGAAAUUAUCUUCUCUUUGAGACUGAAAUCCUCUCUUAUGAGUAUCUAUAUCUUACCAUUCAAUAUCUAGAAAAGAUUAGUCCCUGAGGAGUGUGUAUUUCCACUUUGUUUAUUUUUCUUUAAUCACCCUGUAUACUCAAUCAGGUAGUGUUAUUAAGAUGCUGUCUACCCAGAAACCAGACUCACAGAGUAUCCAGCUGCUCCUGCCUGCCCUUAUAUUGCAUGGGUCCUCAGCCCAAACUCUGCCAUCACUCUCACUGGAGGCUCCACUUUUCAAUGGAAUUCUUCAAUGCUGUCCAGAACAGGUUUCCCUGCUUUUUAUAGAUUUAUUUUAAUUAUGUGGAUAUGUGUGUCUGUGUUUUGGGAUAUGUGCUCAUGAGUGCAGAUGUCCUGAAAGGCCAGGGUUUAGAUCUCCUGGAACUGGAGUGACAGACAGUCUUGAGCUACCCCCAUAAACCCCAGCAAACUUGAGUCCUCUGCAAGAGCAGCACAGCUCUUAACCAUUGAGCAUCUCUCCAGACCCUCCCUAUGGCUAUUAUAAUGUUCUCUAAUUAAAUUCCGUGCAGUUGAACCCAAUGAGCCAUUUGCUUCCCACUAGGAACUUAAUUGAUAUGUGUGUGUGUGUGUGUGUACAUUUAUACAUGUAUAUAUUAUAUAUUACAUACACUUAAACAUAUAUACUAGUAUUAUAUAUAUAUGUGUGUAUGUAUUUUUUUUUCUCUCUAUGCCUUUGAUUGGGUGGAUGAGAGGAUGGUUGAUUUUUGGUUGGUGGACCCAACUAGAGUCACCACAUUUAACCAGAGAAUGCCUUCUAAUUUUUUAUUUCUCUCCUUCUGCCUUAAUAUGAAGUAUAAACUUUUCUUAUUAAAAAAAAAUAUAAAUAAGUAAAAGAGGGAUGGUAGAUACGAACUGAGUUAGAAACUGAAAGAUGUCCAAUUUGGGGGGAAAAAAGGUAAAGGUUGUUUUUCUUCAUUAUAAAUAAAAUACUUACAUUAAAUCCAGUGGAGGAGAAAUAAAUUUAUGCCAGUGAGUUUGAACGCUUGCUAUUACAGAAACAUGAUGUAGCUUAGAAAGAGGUACAAUUUCGUCACAAAAAUGAACUCUUGGGGUACGCAUGAAGAGUACCACAGUUUGUGAUGAAGUGUCUCAUGCUAAAAUUCAAUCUCAAAACACCUUCUGUGAGCUCACACAGUCAUCUGUGCCCAGUGUGCUCAGCCGACAUGGCACUAUCCCCUAGUCUGUUGCAGUUUAUUAGAUCGGACAAAAUUAUCACCUCCUUAGUGAGUCAUUAUCCAGGCAGAGCCAGCCUUUGGCCCCUGCUCCUAGGAACAGGCUGUGUGCUUUCUGCUGUUUCCCCUAUCUUCCUUAGUUAUCCUCUUCUCUUCUCCAAGCCUGUCUUAGUCAACAAUGCUAUCUUUGUGUCCCAUGAAACCAGAAAAAUCGGCUUCCUUGUGGGUGUUGUGGAAACCUGUUCAAUCAAACAAUUGUAAUCACAAAAAGGCUUACAGUUCAAUAUCAGUGAUGAGAGUUAACACCCUUCUAAAAUUGGUGUUUAACUUUCUCCUUCCUCCUUUGUCCCUGCCAGACAUCUCAGCCAAGUAAUUAAUUAACGGUGGUAGCUGGAGAUCUACCCCACGUGAAUGAGUAAAGGGUACCAUUGAGGAGAAAUGACUUUGAAUCUAACUUUGGCUGGAGUCCUUGGUUGUUUUUCUUAGAAUGUUUGUUCUCCUGCCUUGAGGUUAUUUGGUUGGCCAUAAAAAUGCUAAAAAUCAAGAUAAUGAAUAAUCCCGUCUGGAUCUCUUGUGAAAGCUAUCUUUCAAAACGAUAGAGUGGAGCCGCAAACUCUCUGCAAACUUAGUGUUGUGGUGAGCAAGGCAGAAAGCUAACAAACAAACACUGCUUUGUGACAAAGGGGUGAGAAGAGAAAUCGGGGUUUCUGUGGUUUCAGUCCAUGUUCCUUGUAAACACGGUAAAGAACAAAACCCAGACUGAGUGCCAUUUGGUAUUAAUUUCCUUGGCAGCCUUUGAUCAGUAAAAAGGGAAAUCCAGAUGAAUAUUUUUAAAAGACAACCCCCCCCCAAAAAAAACUAAAAUAAAAAGACACUUGCCCUUUUUCCGGGUCUGAUUAUCAGAGAUAGUUGUUACCAGUUAUCAGUGUGAGAAUCUCCAAGCUAGCUUUGAUUGGAAAAAAAAAUAAAAGGGCCACCUAUUCAGAAUUCUUUGCAAAACUUCACUGUUUCCUGUAUCCAGCUUAAUACCAAUAGCCAUUAGUUUAAUUUCUCUCCCCUGUACCAAAUAAACUACCAGCAUCUUGAAAGACAGAAUUUUGUUUCAUUCAGCUCUGCAUCCCAGAGCCUGGCAUUACUCUACGUGUUUGAUGUUUAGUAAAUACAUGAAUACACUGAAAAUACAUUGAAAAUCUGCAAUUGCUUAAAUCUCUGUGCUGCUGUCAAAGUCCACUGUAGAAUCUUCUAGUUCUAAGUGAAGUUAUUCCUGUGACUGCAAAGGCCCCUGCCUGCUUGCUGAGUGUCCAUAGGAUCUAAACAUUGCCUCUAUCUGGCUGGGCUCAGCUCUAGUCAAAGUUCCAAAUUCUCUACCCACUUUCACUCUCAGAAAAAUGACUUAAGCUAUUUUUAUACAAAUAGCAUAUAAAUACUCAUUUGCUGCAUUUUUUUUAAAGUUUUAUGGUCUCUGCUUUCCUGCUUUUUUAUGCAGGAAAGAAUUUAGGGUAUGCCCACACAUAACUUCACAGUUUCUCUGAAACCUAAUGUAAACUCAUCCAUGAAAAGUUGGCUGUGUCUGAGUGGGCUAUUGAGAAGAAAUACAUUAGCUUCCAGGUAUCAGAAAUUCCUUUAACGUGUGUGUGUGUGUGUGUGUGUAUGUGUGUAUUCUACUCUUAAAUGCCAAAUUCUUGACUACAGUAUAUUUUAAAUAUAGUUUCUAAGUGUUUCUUAGUUUCUAUUUUUAGUUUAUUGAUGAUUAAGUAAAACAAAUUUAUUAUAUCUAUUUUUUUGCCCUUUAUAUUUCAAUCAAUACUGAUAGAUAUUGUCUAUUAAGUUCUGUCUGCUUCAUCUGCUGUAUCCUACAUGGAAAUAUUCCACCCCCAGGUCUUCACCUGAAGGUCCGACUUGGUUAUACUCUUAUUUCAGUAUUUAGUAUUAAGAUGUAUUUCUGUCUAUGAAUUUAUAAAGCUCCUUCCACCAUAAUUGCAAAUGUAAUUAGAUAAGAGAUGACUGUAAUGUCUUAUAGGGAUGUAGCAGAGCAGGGCUCUAUGUAUCUAUGAAGAGUUUGUAGACAUGAUUGGACCAUGAGGGCUCUGAUCUAGCUAACAGUUUAAUCCACUAACACAAAUUCAAAAUUUUAGGAAACUAUUGAAAGGCAGUAGAACUGUGGAAUUCAGGACCCUGGUUAAGAAGUUUGUCACUGGAGGCAUGCCACUGAAGGGUAUUCCUACUCUGGCCACCUCUUGUCUCCUCUUUUUCCUAGAUGCCAUGAUCUGAGCCAGUCUCUGCCACAAACUUCCACCAUCCUGAGAUUCCAUCUCAUCCCAGGGUCAAAGCUGUAGACACAACUGACCUUGGAAUGUAGUCUCUAAAAGCAUGAGCCAAAAUCAAUUCUCCCUCCAUUUAAAUUGCCUUUAUGGGUAUUGUCACGAUGAUGGAAAGUUGUGCCUCCCAUUUCAUCGCUGACAUACAGCAUGGCAGAGAAAAUGCAUUAAAAAUAUUUUUUGGAAAAGUCUGCUUAUUUGGCAGACUAAGCAAGAGAUUCCUGUGGGAAGUUGGUUAAUUGCCAGUAUAUUGAUAAGCAGGACUCUUCAUGGUAUUUGACAAAGUUAAUAUCUCUUUUCUGAAAAAGCCCUGUGGACAGUGAUAUGAAGAGGUAACUGAGAACUACCAACAUGGGCAGAUGAAAGACUUUUGUACUUCAGUGUUUUAAUCAGUGUCUUACUGUCUCAGUUAGGGUUUCCAUUCCUGUGAGAGACACCAUGACUACAGCAUCUCCUAUAAAAGAAGACAUUUAACUGGGGCUGGCUUAUGCUUUCAGAGGUUCAGUCCAUUAUCAUCAUGGAAGAAAACAUGGAAGAGUCUAGGCAGACAUGGGGCUGGUAAAGGAGCUGAGAGUUCUACAUCUUGAUCUGUAAGCAGCAGAUGGGCACUGUCUUCCAUGCUGGGUGGAGCUUAAGCAAAGGAAACCUCAAAGCCUACCCCACAGUGACACACUUCCUCCAACAAGGCCACACCUCCUAAUAAUGGCACUCUUCAUGGGCCAAGCAUUCAAACACAUGAGUCUAUGGUGGUCAAACCUAUUCAAACCACCACACUUAUUUUGCUUUCUGUUGCUGGGGCCUAAUGGGGAUGGAGGUAGGGGGAAAGCAACUUAGAAAGAAGAAAAGGGUUUGUUUGGCUUACAUAUUCCAAGACACAGUUCACUAAGGAAAGCAAAGGCAGGAACUCAAGGUACGAACCUGGUCAAAUCAGGAGAUGGGACAGAGGCCAUGAAGGAGCAAUGCUUAUUGGCUUGCUCCUCCUGGCUUGCUCCUCCGUUUAUAUUUUUAUACAUCCAGGACCAGCAGCUCAUGGGUAGCAUCACACAUAAUGGUCCAGACCCUGCCAUGUUAGUCAUUAAUGAAGAAAAUGCUUGACAGUCUUGCCUACAGGCCAGUUGGAUGAAAGCAUCUUCUCAGCUGUGGUUCCUUCUUCUGAAAUAACUCUAACGAUGCCAACCUGACAGAAAACUAACCAGAGCAACUGUCACUAACAUUUCAGCUAUAGAAAAAAUAACAUGUCACUCUUAUCUUUCCUGGAGAAUGAUCAAUACAAAAGGCACCUUUGUUCCACUUUACUUAGAACACAAAAGAAGAACUUUCAUUGAGUUUAACUUUCAAAGGUCUUCCCUUGGGUGUUCUUUAAUUGACUUUGUAGAAUUUCUCACACAUGGGCAGUUAUUCAAUUAGUUUUAUUAAUGGUAUGAAUAUAUAGAGAGAGAUGCAUACAAGAAAAUUUAUACAUUGACUGUGCUUUCUCUGGAAGGUGGAUUUAAUUUGGAAGUUACACAUAACAAAGAUGACCUUGACCUUUUGGAGAUGAAAUAACCUACAAAUUCUUCCCUUAUUUAGCAUCUAUUGGCUACAAUAAUUUUGAUUUGUUUUACAUUUGGCAAGAGAUUGAAAUCAUCAUCUCUUCCACUGGGUUAAUGACCAUUUGUGUUGAAGGAUUAAGACAAGACUUUGGCAUAUGUUCUAUCUAAGAGGAAAAUCAUGAAUUGUCAUUUUAAAAAAAAUGAAUUUACUUGAUGCUCAAUUAAAAGCUGGUGUUCCUCUUGCUAUUGAGUGCAGACAGUCUAGAAAAUUAACCAGAGGAAGACUGGAUUCUGGAUAAGGGAAGCUAUUGGGUCCUAAUUCUCUAACCAAAAUGGUCGCUAAGGAGCCUCAUUCAGCUGUCACAGCAGGGCAAUGUGUUUGCUUUCAAAAUUUCCCAACCACGGGCUUCCUCAGAAAACACAUCCCAAUGACUCCCAAAGGCUCAUGUUGUAAUAUCCCCCUUAAUGGGAAGGUUCACUCCAUUCUUUCCUAUGGAUUUAAGAAAGGGUGAGUGAGGGACAACAGCCCAGCUCAUGGCUUCUUCAGUCAUCCUAUACUUUAAGUCAGUGCUUUGCUUGGAUGUAUCCAUCAAGUAUUUUCCCACUGCCCUGUGAUUUCCUGAAAGGAGACAUUUUUUCCCCUGUACUUCUGAGAACAGUAUCCUAGCAGAUGCUUGAGUCGGUGUGUGUUCAUAAAUGAUAGAAUGGUUUAACCAGCAGCAUGCUUGCAUUGUGGUAGAUGCUCAGCAGGCAAACAUUUACUUAAUUAUCCAGCUUCCCUGCUAGAGAAGUGCCUGUCUGUGUCCUACAUCAGAGGGAAGGAAGAGCCAAGACUCAGUGAAGCUCCUAAGGGACCCAGGGUCAAACUGUGGCUGCAUCAAAUGCUUAAAUGCCAAGACACCUGAGCUGAUAAAUCCAGUUUUCCAUAAUCUGGCCUUUCCCUUCCUUUCUGACCUUCCUCUUCUAACAUGCACCUUCUGCUGUUGUCAUGGUAGCGAUUUCACAUUUUUCCCCCUGAAUAUUCUUCAUCUGCCUUGUCCUUCGGACUCCUGUUUCCCUCCUAGAAAUUCUCUUCCCUGUCCCUCCAAAGACUUACUGUGGACUCACUGUGACAUCUCCCUUCAUAACCAAUGCCCAAAUUAAUUUCACACUGUUGGGAAUGUUACAGCUGUAGUAUGCAGACCUUCCCUAAACCAGUUGUCUAUGUCCCUCAUCCUAGAUGGCUUGUGAUCUUGCUUGAAUGUUUUGUUUGCUCUACUCUUACAUACAAUAGCCUCCAAAUUAUCAUUUGAAACAUUACUAAAUGUGGUGCUGGGCACUGAGAAGAAACUGAGGUAAUAAAGAAUCACUUCUUUCUUCACUGCCGGAUUAAGUUGACAGCAAUAUUGAGUGAGGAGCACAGCAAUAUUGAGUAGGGAGCGCGGUUCAAAGUGUGCUAUUCCACAAAACAGAGGACAUGGUGGCAUGAGGCACUGAGUGAUAUUCUUGUAAGCCCCUCCAAGCUUGUCAUGGGUUAGUAACUUCUUUUAGGUGCUGAAUACUUCAUUGUGAGUAUAUAGUAGUCUCUUACCCAUAGAGACUAUAUGCACAACCUCUAAUGAAUGUUUGAAACAGUAGAGAGUAUAGAAUCCCCUAUAUACUUUGCUUUUUUUUUUCUAGACAUAAACUAUUCAGUAGCAAACAAGGUCUAGUGUGUACAAUGUAAAUAUGCUGGUCGGGAAUGGUUCACAUUCCAGGUAGGAGAGAACAGAACAGCAAGAUUGCAUCACAGUAUUUGGAACAUCUAAAAUAUGGACUGUUUGUCUCUGGCUGUCAGCUCCAAUUCUUGGGAGGCCACUGUCGCACCAGCAGAACCAGUCUGGAUCAUUACCCGCUUGGCUUUCUUUGUUGGAUACAAUACAAAUGAAUUCUGUAUACCUGGAUGCUUAGACAUCCAUCCCCAAAUUUCUAUGACUAGGUAAUUAUGGUUUAUCUGUCUCUGAGAGUCCUGGUGCUUAUCUCUCUCUGAAAUUUUACAUCAUUUCCCAUAUCUAAUAUGCAUGUUUUCAGUCUAAAUAUGUACCAUAAUGAGUAUACUCUGGGUCUCACAAUGUGUUAUGACACAUUUAGCCACAGUAAAGAACCAGUUUCUAUUUUUCUAUUUUUCUAUUCUCACAAGAUCUAACAUCAUCUGAGCAUAUAGUGAAUGCUUGAUAAUAAAUUUUCACAAAGAUACUGUCUUCUAUGUGGCAGAAAUCAUAUUUCUGCAUCAAAAUCAUGGUUUAGCACAUUGAAUAUCUUUCCAUUUCAUCUUCUUUCAGUGACAUUUAACCAAGUCAGCAGCACCAUACCUGCUUAUAAGAUCUGGACUUUCCUUUUUCCUCUUCAGCAAGUAAAUGGUUUCUUAUUUUCUAUGUCUUUGAAAACAAUUUAAUUGUAUCCCAGGAAACUGCUCUGUUUUAAAUCUACAUUGUAAUUUCAUUACAGUGCCACUGCUCCCAGUAAUUUUACAUUUUCAGUACACUAUACAUUCAUAUUAUCUCAUAAAAAUUAAAUAUUUAUAUAGUAAGCAAUAAUACCUAAUGCUGUAAGCUCACAAGAAGGAGGAAUAUAAACAAUAUAAUUAAGUGGGUUUAUCUAGGAAAAUUAUAACCCAAAAAUAUGAAUGUGGUACUUAGUACAGAUUUACAAGUAAAAAACUCUUCAAGAGAAAAACUCUGAAUAUUUUAGAGAUAUUCUAUGCAAUUUGUCCUUUAAUGAAAGAAUAUACUUAUGUGGAAACAUUUCUGUAGUGUUUUCUUCUACCUACGAACCUUAAACACAUCAAUCUAUCUACCUAUCUACCUAUCUAUCAUCUAUCUAUCUAUCUAUCUAUCUAUCUACCUACCUACCUAUCUAUCUAUCAUCUAUCGAUCUAUCUCUUUCAGUUAAAUCAGGAUUUCAACAUGUGGGUUUUUCUAAAACAGAAUCUUUCAUGCUAGGACAAGCAUGGGCCACCAUCGCCAGCUAUGAUUGUGGGAGGGUGUAUCUGUAGUGUGUGGAGUGUGUGUGUAUGUGCGUGCGUGGUCAUGUGUGUGCAAACAUGCAUGUAAAAUUCAUUGUCCUCUUCAGAUGCUCUCAAGAUUUUUUUUAUUUUGAGACAGGGUGUCUCAGAUUUUGCUAAACUGGCUACCCUGGGAUUAGCCUGUCUUCACACAGCCCGGCCACCCGCACUGGGGUCAUAGAAAUUUGGCACCAUACCCAGCUUUUGUAUGAGUGCUGGUCAAACAGACUCAGAGCUCCUUGUUUGCAUAGCAAGCACUUCACCAAUUAUGCCAUCUGCUCAACCGGGCUUGGAUUUUCUUUUUGUUACUAUUUCUUCCUGAGGCUCCCUUCCAGUUGAAAUGGUAUAAGGGGGAGCUUCCCUUUGCUGGGAAAGAGGAUUGCCCAGGUAACCCAGCAGAUAAAAGAUUUCUCUUAUUUUCGUGAUUUUAGUGGAUCAAUGAGCCAACUUAACAUUGCAAUAAACCUCCCAUUGUUUUAUAAUACUGUGGUGCAACAAGUUUAGGCCCUUUAAAAUGUAGUGGUGGCUGAGGCUGGGGAUGUAGCCAUGUUAGUACUAUGCAUGCCUGCCUUGCAUGCAGAAAGGUCUAGGGAUCAAACACAGGAAUGUUUGUGGCGCCACAUGUCCCAGCAACACUCAGGAGCUGGAGGCAGGACACCCGGAAGUUCAAGGUCAUCCUUGACCACACGAUGAAUACAAGGCAAGCAGUAGCUACAGGAAACCUUAUCUCAUAAAUAAAUAGGGAGGGAGAGGGGGUCAUCUCAGUGUGACUUUGUAAACCCGAUUCUGAGAUGGGACUUAACCAUUCUGCAGCUAAUCUCCAGCUGUUUUCCUAGAAGGUCUACAGCAACAAAAGUUAAACACACCCACAUGCUCACUGGCAUGCGCACAUGCAAGUGAUACAGGCUAGAAGAGAGACAGGAUGGACACAUUCAAAGUGUCCUUGCAAACGGAGAUGUAUAGACAACUGUACAAAAGUUGAGCUGUACAAAAUGUACAAAACUGUACAAAAUGCCUGAGCACCGCCAGGCAUUCGAGUCUAGAAAAAGACUCCAGCUCUCUGAAUCAGAAUUCAGAUUACAGCGCCUCAGAUUCAGAUUACAGAAUGAGAGACAUUUCCCUGCAGGAAACGACUUAUGAAAUUUCAGCAAAGUAAGUAUAGUUCGAUUACAGGCAGAAGUGAGCAAGGAACACUUCUUGAGUCGUUCCUCCUAGAGCCCGAGUAAGCCACGCUGGUGCGCUGAUCCAUAGACAAAGCUGCACAUCUGGAAACUCUUUGCUCCAUCUGCUGGGGUUUCAGCCCCUUGCUCGUUCUUCGUUCUUCACCAUUUCCCAUGACUUCAGCUACUUCGCUAUUUUCUUUAGUAAAACUACUUAACCCUGGAGUUUCACAGUUUGUUUUGUUUUGUUGUUUUCAAGAGGGAGGCAGGCAGGAGACUUCCUCCUACUAGUUUUUGGGGGUGUUCUUCUUGUUGCUGGUUGGGUUUUUGUUGUUGUUGUUGUUGUUUUGUUUUGUUUUUUGGAGUUUGUAGUUGUUGUUGUUUUAUGAUGCACCCAAAUUUAACUUUUGUCUUAUUUCUCUCAGUGUCUGGUCCUACAUAGAUGUCAAUAAUCGUAAAUAUCUGACUAACCCUAAGGAUUCUGUUUUAGAAUUCCCUUAGGCACAGUGCUUUGGUGUUUAUUUUAAUUGGUUCAUUAUUCAUGUUUAAUCUUCUGAUCCAAAGUUUUGAUUUCACUUAUUUCGAGUGUUAUUAAAUGUCGCAAAGCAUGUAAAGUAAGGUUGGAUAUUGGUUUCAUAGUACUUAACUGUCAUCCUGUAUAAUUAAGAAAAUGGCUGCUAUUCCUAAGCCUUAAGUCAGUUACAUGGCAUUGGUCUUUGGGUUGUCCGUUCCUCUUUGGCUUUAUGUUUCCUAUUGGAGAUCUUAUGUCAUUGAAGAUGUAUUGGCGCACAGGCUCCAGUGCCAGUCACUCAUCGAUGCUGCUUCUCCCACAGAGCUAUCCCCUUCGACUCUUAUACAGGAUGCUCACCUCUCUACACCCCACACUCUCCACCCCAGCCUCUGGCCUUUAUGUUUCAUAAACUUGUCUGUUUACCACAUCUAAAAUUCCAUAUUUGCCUAGUCUUUGAACCCUCUCAGGAUCUCCCCUAUGUAGAAAUCAGUACCUUUUAUGUCCCUUAAAACACUAUUAAUUAAUACAUCAUACAGUGCUUACCCCUCUAGGCCCUUUUUUUUAUCAUUAUUAGAAUAUAUUUUCUCUAUUGUUGUGUUAAUUUGCUUUCCAUUGCUGUGAUAAAACACUGGCCAAAAGCAACUUGGGGAAGGUAGGGUUUAUCUUACGUAUAGGAUCUAGUCAAUCAUCUAACAAGUUAGGACAAGAGCUCAGGGCAGGAACCUGGAGCAGGAAGGAGAGACCACAGAGGAACACUGCUUACUGGCCGGCUUCCUCUAACUUAUUCAGCUACCUUUCAACUGAGGAACCCCAGGGAUGGAUCUUCUCUCAGUGGACUAGACCCUUCUCCAUCAAGAAAAUGCCCCCACGGACAGGCCUACAGGCCAAUCUGACAGAAACAAUUCAUUAAUCAAACAUCCCUCUUCUCAUAAAUACUGCUCAAUAAUUAUCUGAGUAAAAGGAAAAUGAUAUCUUUUAUAGAAAAAAAUAUCUUUAAAAAGUUUGUCCUAAUUUUGGAAAAUACUUGCUUUAAGAAACAAAAACCAUUUCUGGAACCUUCCAUGCUUACCACUCCAGAUUUCUUGGGUCUAGAAGUCACAAAUAUCAAUGCACUCUCCAGAGGGUUUUUAAUUAACACAGAGGGGUGAGAAUGGUUGGCUGCUGUCCCAGCUGUGGCCUCCAUCUUCCUCCAUACAUACACAAUUUUAAUGUUUGCUUCAAAAUGGCUACUUUGUAACAAAAUCCUUCAAAAGAUUCAAACAAAUUGUCAUGAUAUUGGAUAGCUACUAAAAGAUUCUAUCUUAUUACAAAAUAUGUCUACUAAACCCCAUAUUAUAAAUGUAUGUGGCACACUGCACAUAAAGUGCCUACAGUCGAAGUGAAGGAAGUAAGAUACAUAGGUACAAGCUUAUUCAACAGAGAGAAUGAUCAUGGGUGGCUUAUGUGGCACACAUUUACCUUUGUCUUUAGCUAUAUAUUUAUAUUAUCUUUAGUGAAGUGGUUCAGUCUGUGAAACUGAACACCUUUUAAGGUUUUAGUAGUAAGUCCAUAGACAAUAUGGUGGGGAUAGAAGGAGGG